AUGAUAGUCCUUGAUCAACAGGUGCCUCUACAGAAGCCAUCCCCCUACUCGAAACGAUGGUUCACCCCAGAGCUCAAAUCCCAACAGGCCAGAGUGCUUCUAGAAACCUUCUUCCCGAAGAUGGCAGACCUAGAAAUAGAAGACCCAGUACCACCCUCAGAGGGAAUACCAUGGUACCCAAUCACCGAACUAGAGGUACAUCAGUCACUCAAAGCCGCUAAGGGAACGACGGCCCCGGGGGAGGAUGGGAUUAUAACCCUUGUCUGGAAACAUCUAUGGCCAUAUCUCUGGAAGAUGAUCACGUACAUCUUUGCAAGAUCAGUAGAAUUAGGCCACUAUCCUCACCAGUGGAAGCAAGCGAGAAUCAUAGUGCUGAGGAAACCCGGGAAGCCAGACUAUGGUGUACUAGAAGCAUACCGACCUAUUUCUCUACUAAAUACCCUAGGGAAGAUACUAGAAGCCGUCAUGGCUCGCAGACUGUCAUUCUGGGCUAAGUCCUAUAAACUACUUCUAGACACCCAGUUUGGAGGCCGGCCAGGACGAAACACAGAACAAGCGCUCCUAACCCUGGUAAACGCGAUUGAUCGUGCAUGGCUAUGGUCAAAGGUGAUCACGCUGGUAGCAUUUGAUCUCACAGGAGCAUUCAAUGGAGUGAAUGAUUCAAGCCUUGACACCCGUCUACAGGCCAAAGGCAUCCUAACCGUAGCCAGGCGCUGGAUCCGGAGCUUCAUGGAGAACAGGUACGCCGGCAUCUCCUUCAAUGAUUUUCAGACGGAGAUCUCCCCGCUCGAGCAUGCUGGUCUGGCACAGGGAUCCCCGCUGUCCCCAAUCUUAUUUGGAUUUUUUAACUCCGACCUAGUCGACCAGCUAGUCGACCACUAUGGCGGCGCGUCAGCGUUUAUUGACGACUAUUUUCGAUGGCGAGCCGGUCAGUCUGCAGAAGACAAUAUCAGAAAGAUUCAGGAAGAGGAUAUCCCCCGCAUCGAGGCAUGGGCCCAACAAACGGGAUCCUUGUUUAAUGUGAAGAAAACAGAACUAAUCCAUCUAACAAGGUCCAAAAGACAGCACGGGGUAGGACAGAUUAUAAUAAAUGGGACGGUAAUCAAGCCAAGCGAUACAGUAAAGCUUCUAGGCGUGAUCUUUAACAAGAAGAUGCGGUGGAAGGAACAUGUGCAGCAAGUAGUCAAGCGAGCAACCCAGGUGAAUAUCGCCCUGGGGGGACUAAGACACCUCCGUCCAGAGUAG